AUGUAUUUCAUACAUUUCUACAUCUUAUUAAUAAUUAGUAUUACUUGCUAUGCUGGUCCGCUUGAAGAUCUAGCAGCUAUGCCUGAUUUAUCAUUAUUUUAUAACCAAUUACUUCGCCAACAAGAUAUUCAAAUGGUAUUACAAGGUCUUUAUCCUCAACAGCAACCAGGUGGUAUGAAUGAUUUUACAAUAUUUGCACCAAAUAAUGAUGCAAUGAUAAAUCUAAACCGAAAAAAUGAAGAUCUAAAUUUACUUUGGAAAUAUCAUAUUGUAUCUGGACGCUAUGAUGAACAAAUGUUAUUUAAUAUGGCACAAGAAAAAUACAAUCAAGCUAAUCCAAGACAAAUGAUUGGUAUUCGACCACAAAAUAACCUACCAACUAUAGCAUUACCUUUUCAAGUUUUUUAUGGUUAUGGUUUCUAUGGUGGAACAGGUCCGCACGUCAAUGAAACUUUUGACAAUGCUGGAUAUGGUUCAGGUGGAAUAUCUUGGUUAACACAUACAUCAUUGAAUCAAACGAAUGUAUUCGAAAAUAAUAUUCCAAUGAAUCCAUUUAUUCUGGAUAAUUAUGAUCGGAGUGUCAAAUAUGGUGCUGGUCAAGGCAAUACAUUACCGCGAAAUCCAAAUUUAACAAAUUAUUAUGGUAAUAAUUUCAAUCCAAAUCUUAAUAGACAAAAGCGACAAACUCCAAAUAUGAAUUUUAUUCCGAAUCUUCAACAGCAACAACAAAAUUAUGGGCAAUUAGGACCAAAUGGUGGUAUUGGAGUAUUACGUCCGACGAUCAAUAAUGCAUUUGUAUUACAAUCACGUCCAAUGAGUCGUGGUGUGAUCAAUGUAAUUGAUAAUAUUUUAUGGCCACCGGAAAGACGUGAUCAAGCACAAUAUAAAACAGCUUAUGAUGCACUUGAAGAUGCACAAUUUUCUCGUCUUCGUCAAUUAGCUGAACGUAGUGAUUAUUUUCGUUCAGAAUUGCGUUCAAUUCAUCAUCAAACAUGGUUCUUACCAAAUGAUCAAGCAUUUGCUAGUAUGGGUUCAAGUUUAAGUUAUUUACUUGAUCAAUCUUCUAUGAAUAAUACUAACGAUAUAAAUGAAUUUGUUAAAGCACAUGUUAUACCAUUAGUAUUAUAUCCAAGUGCAAUGGAUUCAACAAAACAAGUAAUAACAUUAAUCGCAAAUCAAUGGAUUACAUUUCGUAAAGUAACACAACCGGAUCAAACAUUUCAAGUUGAUGUUGUGUGUGGUCGAUUUGUAGCACGUAUUUUAAAUUCUCGUUCGGAAGAUAUUCGAUUAUAUGGUAAUGGAAUUGUCUAUCCAAUUUCGACAAUUCUUACAUCUCAAGUUCGAUCAGCCACCGAUGAACUUACACGAAAUUAUCAAUAUUUCAUGAAUCUUGUUCAACAAACAGGAGAUUUAGAAUUAAUUAAUUUAUUACAAGGGACAAUGAAUCAAAAUUUUAAUUCACAAAAUGCACCUAAUAUUACGGUACUUAUACCACAACAGAUGUCAAUACAACAAAUAGGAAGCGCUCAAGAACUAAGUUUGAAUUUACGAAGACAUAUCUUACGCCUUCCAGUAUACAUGGAUCAAAUAACAAGCACUUCAGCAGGAUCAAAUUCAUUUCCUCAACAAAAUAUUUAUCAAACUGGACAACAACAGCAACCCCUCCUACAACCUGGUUUCAACCAACAACAACAACAGCAACCCCUCCUACAACCUGGUUUCAGUCAACAACAACAACAACAACAACAACCCCUCCUACAACCUGGUUUCAGUCAACAACAACAACAACAACAGCAACCAUUUCUACAACCUGGUUUGAAUCAGCAACAAUUUCAAAUACCACAAUUUCAACGAGCUGCUUCGGGAUCAGACAAAAAACAAUCACGACGUCGUAGACAAUUGAAUACACCGUCGUAUACACCAUCGUAUACAAAUUUUCAAAUACAACAAUUUCCUCAGCAACAACUACCUAAUCAACAAAUGUUACCGAAUCAACAACAACAACAACAACGGCAACAAUUUCCUCAGCAACAAUUGCCUAAUUCACAACAGCAACUACAUAAUCAACAAAUAUUACCGAAUCAACAACAACAACAGUUUUCUCAGCAACAAUUGCCUAAUACACAACUGCCCAAUCAACAAAUAUUACCGGCUCAACAACAACAGCAACUACCCAAUCAACAAAAACAAUAUCUUCAACAACAAGUACCUAAUCUACAACACCAGCUGCCCAAUCAACAGAUAUUACCGAUUCAACAACAACAACAACAACAAUUUGCUCAACAACAACUACCUAAUCCGCAGCAGCAACUGCCAAAUCAACAAAUAUUACCUAUUCAACAACAACAACAACAACAGAUUGAUCCAAAUUAUUAUCAAAUGCCAUCAUCUUCUUUAGCAGUUUUUCAAAAUGGUCAAGUUUAUCCAACCAUGGAUCCACAAUAUACUGUUCAAGCACAAGUAUCACCUGGCACGAGAGGAAAUGUUGUAACACUUGUCGGUCGAUCAGCGAAUUCUUUGCCAUUUACAGCAACAAUUCUUAAUAGUGAAUCAAAUAUUCCGAUUAAAAAUGGUGUUAUGCAUGUUAUUCGAGGUCUUGUAUCUGGAACAGUCAUACCAAUUGAUGGAGUUCUUCUAGCUGUACAAGGAGCAAACGCAUUUACUCAAUUACUUCAACAAACACGUGUUAUUGAACAAUUAAAACAAACUGGUCGUUCUUAUACAUUAUUUAUUCCAACAAAUGCAGCAUUACAAUCAAUGGGUGUAACAACAGAUAUUAAUCGUUUAAGACAAUUUGUUCUUCGUCAUAUAUGUGCUGAUGUUAUUCUUGAUCCACAUAAUAAUAUAGUACGUCGUUCAGCUGGUUUUUAUAGUCGUAAUCAAAAUUCUUUACAAAAACGUCCUCGUCAAAAACGACAGGGUUGGAUGAAUAAUCAACCAAAUCAAACAAACCGACAAGGUUUUCAAUCACCAGAUCUUGGUCCAGGUUAUUUUCAACCACAACAACAAGCUUAUGGAGGAUAUCCAGCUGCUUCAACACCAUAUGGUUCGAAUAAUCAGUUGUAUAAUCCAAGUAAUGUUAUGAAUGGUUAUGCAUCACCCAAUUCACAAUAUUUUCCCAAUAAUAAUGGAACUAAUUUCGGUAAUCAGAAUAACAAUUUUAAUAAUAUCGGAAUUCCACCAAAUCAACCAAUGCCGAAUACUUUUUGGAAUAGAACAAUGAAUACACCAUAUAAUCGACAAGGUAUGGCUGGACCAAAUGUUGGAGCACACAAUUAUUAUACAGCUUCAGGUGGUUAUCUUGGCGGAUCAAAUUCUAAUAGUGGACAACAAUCUUGUAAAGCAAUGACUGGUGAACGUAUUACUGUUCAAUCAUUGGGUGGUACACAAUCAGAAGGUAAUACUCCAAGUAUGUCAUAUCAAAAUUUUAUGGUAACAUGUUGUGGAGAUCAAUCAGUCAAUUCAAUGGUUCAAUCAUUUAAUAUCUAUCCACCAAAUUUUGCUGUUUAUUUAAUUGGUCGACCCUUACUUUCACAAGGUCAAACAAUUAAUACAAUGUAUAAUUAUUCAUCAAAACUCGUUCCUUCUUCUAUCAUUUUCUUUUUCUUUAUUAUUUCAAUAAUUUUUCAACAAAUACAUGAUUUUUAA